CAAUUUUAAAUACAACAAACAUUAAUUCAAUGCCUAAAAAAUAAUGUCUUCCACUCCCAUCUUCACCAUACUCUUAUUUUUCUUAGCCUUUUUAGUUACUACUGCCCAUUUCAAUACAUGCAGCGAGCCUUUCUUUUUGUUCGUAACCCACCAAAAAAAACUCACAUUCUGCAAAAAACUCACCACUCUCGGCGCCGAAUUCGGCUGGUCAAUCAACAAAACCGACGACGACCACCACCGCAUCGACAUGAUCUUCGGCGCUAAACUCAACCGCGAGUCAGGGUGGCUAGCCUGGGGCGUCAACCCAGACAAAAUGCCGCAAAUGGUCGGAACCAGAGCUAUCAUCGGUAUCAGACAUGAAAAUGGGUCGUCAUUCACUAACACUUACAAUAUCACAAGCGAUACGAAGUUAAAGUGCAAGCUAACGCCGACGGAGUUAUUUGCUUCCGACGAUGGCGGUGGUGAUCGGAAUGAAGUGAAGUUUCGAAACGUAUCAAUGGAAUAUUUUGGUGAUUUGAGCUAUUUUACGAUACAGGCGAGUGUUGUUCUUCCGGUUGCGGCGUAUAAUGUUACUAGGGUGAACCAUGUUUGGCAAGUUGGGUAUGAACUAGACGGGGUUAAUCCGAAGAACCAUCCGACUGCUCUUCAGAAUGAUGAUAGUUCUGAGACGAUUAAUCUUACUACUGAGAAUGAGGCUCGCCAUGUCGGCGAACACCGCCGAUUCUUGCGAAUGGUACAUGGUAUUGUUAACAUUAUGGGAUGGGGAUUUUUCAUGCCUAUUGGUGUAAUAAUAGCAAGAUACUCAAAAUAUCCAUUGGGAAUAAAAAAGAGAUGGUUUGGGCUUCAUGUCUCCUGCCAAAUGAUAGGAUACAUUCUUGGAACUACUGGCUGGGUCAUCGGCCUGUCCCUUGGAACUGCUUCCAAGUUCUAUAUCUUUAGAACUCACCGCCUUUAUGCCAUGUUCAUUUUCUCUUUCACAACCUUACAAAUGUUAGCGUUACGCUUAAAACCGGAGAAAAACGACGAGUAUAGGAAGCAUUGGAACAUGUAUCAUCAUUUUCUGGGGUAUGCAUUGCUUGGUGUGAUCUCAAUAAAUAUAUUCAACGGAAUUGACAUAUUGAAACCAGACAUGACAUGGAAAUGGAUUUACACUGGAAUUCUUAUAGCCUUUGCAGCCAUUGUUGCAGCUCUUGAGAUCUUUACUUGGACCAAAUUUAAAACUUCUGUUAAACCAACUGCUCCUGCACCACAACAAGGACCUGGUUCUACUACUACUACUCUAUGCCCUCCAUCAAAGAGAAAUUGUUAGGUGAACCAAGUCCACCACGUAGGAUUAUGAACCAUCCAUUUAAUACGUGUUAGGGACAAAAUCAUUCUUUAGUUUUAUUUAUUUUUUAAUAGUUCCUUUUCUUUACAUACCUUGCUUCUUUUUCUCCAUAUUUUUGUUGAUGGGUAAUUGAUUAAUGGGGUUAUUGUACU